UCGUAAGUGUGUUCAUUUUUGUCUCUUUUUAUUUCUCUUUUUAAUGUUUGUAAUGUAAAUUUUGUUCAAUUUGAUUCUUUUUGCAAAUGUAGUUUAAAUGGUUAAGGACAAACAGUACAGGUGUCCACCACAGUGUUUAGAUGACAUUCCAGGUGUGCACAAAAGUGUUGUGAUGACAUUUAACUACUGCCACGUCACCACCAUCUUCUUCAACCUUCAGUCCACCGAACCUUACCGCCACUGAACCCUAUCGCCACGACCGCCAUAGAGAUCAUCUAAAGUCACCAUGCUGCCGUGAAGUCGUGAAGUCGCACCUGCAGAGAACCAUGGCAGUCAUCACACUCCAUGGCCACCACCAUCAAAGUCGCAAUCUCUCCCAAAUCACAAAACCUUAAUCUCGAAUUUCAUUCUCGUGCAUUUGGUCAUGAAUCAUCCAAAUCGAGAGCUUCAUCGUCAGCGUGACAAUCCUUGUUGUCAUCGUGCAAAGCUCCAAGGCCAUAAUCUUCUCCAACCUACAGAGAACCACAACAAAAUCCAAAAAAAUCUCAAAUCAAAGAAACCUAGAAUUGCGUCGCGGCUUGCCUCCACUGGCCACCAUGAGUGCCUUCUUACACAACUAGGUUCUUCUUCUUCAUGCUACCAUGAGCCGCACAAUUCGCGAAAUCAUCCUCCAUUGAAGCAAAGUGAGCAUCGUUUUCCUUUUUCUCACGACGCAGGUGUAGGUUUCCCCCAAAUGCAGAACCCUAAUUUUGGCGUGGGGCUGAAGACUCUACUUUUGAUGACAUGGAUGUCAUUGGUUUGAGAAGAGAAUUGAAGAGAAGAGGAAGAAAGAUGAUGCCGGAACAGUGGGUGUCUCCAUGCGGAAAUCAAUGCACCAACAAAUACUCUGCACUCACCCAAAUUCCAUGGCGAGUUUUCUGCAAGAAGGGGUGCAGUUCAGAGGAAGAGACAUGGGAGGAAUGUUUGGAAUAUUGCAAUCUAAUGUGUUACAAGGAUCCUGUACUAAAGGACCAACAGUGGAGUGCUUAUAUUGAUCGUUCCCCUGGUGCUGCUAGUUAUUCAGCGCUAGACAGAUUUGGGAGGCCAACAUUUUUCAAAAAAUUCUCCGUAGUCUGUGCAUCAUUUGUCCACAUCUCAUCCGUCACAGAAAACUCAGUACCCUUGAUUCUAUCUGUGCAUGUUCCCGUAUAUAAAAUGAUAUCUCUCUGGAAUGUUUUCAUGCUUGUGUAUCUGGUUGCGGUUACAAGUUUGACGUGAAAAAAGAGAAAGUUGAUGAAGUUACUCCUAACGGGCGUCCAAUGCCUGCCCCGGUUGAGAAGCCGAGGCCACAACCCGAAGAACCAAUUGACAU